GUUCAGCUCACCGCUAUUGAAAGCUCCAGUCGGUUGUGGAAGUUGAAAGUAUUCGUUUGUGGAUCCGUCUGGUUUGGCUGUGAUGACGCCUAUAUGCGUAGAUUUGCGAAUAUGUGACAACGUAUUCUACUAGUUACAAUAUAAUAACAUACAUGCCAAAAAGAACUUAUAUUUAAAAAUAAUUCGUGUGCUUACCGUACAACUUUUCUGUCGGUAAAAUGACUGAGUCGGGCAUUGAUCUAGGCUUUGAUAUGGAGUUUGACGAGUUAAGUCUUAAUUUGCUAAACGACAACGAUAAUAUGGAUCUACUGCCGAAUGUUACUGUAGCAGGUAGCUCUGAGAACGUGGAAUUUUAUGAAUUAAAGUCAUCAACGAGGUCUUUGCGAUCUGACGAAAUACCAACGUUUAAAACUGCUACUCCUACCUCGAGGACGCAACUAAAACUUCAGUUGCAACGUGAGCAACAGCAGCAGGAACAGCAGCAACAAAUGAUGGUGCAACAACAAAUACUAAUAUCUCCAGAUCCAAAAAUGCAGCUGUUGUUUGGCAUGGGUCAGGGCUCGACUGAGUCGGAAUUUAUAAACAGCAACAGUACUAGCGCUUGUGGGAGCGGAUCUUCUAGUUUGGAUCAGAUGUCUCAAUUUGUGCAAAGGGAUCGUUUGCCUUCAGCAAGCCCAGUUAAGUUAAAAGUUCCUUUACAGAGUAUUGGUGUGGAUGUACCACCUCAAGUGCUGCAGGUCAGCACAGUGCUUGAGAAUCCGACACGGUAUCAUGUUAUACAGAAGCAAAAAAAUCAAGUUAGACAAUUUCUCAGUGAAUCUUUCAAGCCAUCUGUAUGGGGUUGUCAUAACAGCGAUACGAAAGCCGCAAACACCUCAGUAUCCACUGGAAAUUUACAUAAUUCCUCUUUGGUCAACAGCUGCCUUCCUAUGGAGCGGUCAAAUAGUUAUAAAUGUGAAAUGACUUCCAGUGGCAAACGAACAAUGCAUUCCGAUGAAUCCAUGCCAAUAUCUCCUUUUGGCUCCAGUUUUUUAAGCAAUGGAAACUGCAACACUAAUGAACAAAUUUCAUCGGGAAGUAUAAACCCCAAAAGUUCAGAAGAAUCCACAGAAAUUGUAAAUAAAACACAAGGAUAUGUUAAGAGGAAUACUAGUUUAAAUUCUUCUGUUACUGCACGUACUACAUCUGGAAUAAUUAAUACGAUGCCCACUUCUAGUACAACUAGUUCAUUACACUCCACUUCAGCACCCAUAUCGCCAAGUCUAAGCUCUGUAGCUACAAGUGCUUCAGAGCUCCCAUCAUUCGACAGCGAUGCGGAUGAUCUCUUUGAUGAUAUAUUACAAAACAAUUCGUUUAAUUUUGAUAAAAACUUCAACUCCGAGCUUUAUAUUAAACAGGAACCACAAAACCUAACUGAUGCUGAAAUAAAUGCCAUGGCAAAAGAUCGACAAAAAAAGGAUAACCACAAUAUGAUUGAGCGUCGACGUCGAUUUAAUAUUAAUGACAGGAUAAAAGAGUUGGGUACCCUUUUGCCAAAAGGCAGUGAAGCCUUUUAUGAAGUCGUCCGUGAUAUUCGCCCUAACAAAGGAACAAUAUUAAAAUCCUCUGUGGAUUAUAUCAAAUGCUUAAAACAUGAGGUUAUUCGGCUCAGACAAAAUGAGUGUCGGCAACGGCAGAUGGAAGUGCAGAACCGAAAGCUUAUCUCUCGCGUUAGGGAGCUGGAAAUGCAGGCCAAAUCACAAGGUUUAUCGGACUAUAACGUAACAUCAGUAUCGGCGCCCACCCCAGCAAACUUAUAUCUCAAAAGUUCAAGCCCAACGCUCCCUGUUUCUCAAAGUCGCCGCUCACUUUUGGACGAAUUAAUAGUUGUUGAGAGAAAAGUACCAGAAAUAAAUACGAGCGACGCCAGUAUGGGGAUGAAUCAGAUUGAUGAGCUCAUGGAAGAUUGCAAACACCCUGUGCAAGGGGGCGAUCCGAUGCUGUCUUCUCAUAGCCACAUGAUGUCUGCUUCACAUUCGCCUACUGCUAAUGAGUUAAAUUGUGUCAGCUAUGGGCCAAAGAGAAGCUCGGAAGCUAGUUCUGAUCUUUUUAACGAAACUUCUAGCAUCAACAUUUUAGAUGAUCUUACACAUUGCAAUAUCGCUUGCAGUAAGUCAUGCUGUAUUCAUCGCCAGCUGAAAACACCUGAACGCCACACAAAUCAUUGUCAGUUAAAUAGUCAGCCAAGCCACAUGGAGUCUGAUUCGGUUCAAAACACAGGGUUUGGUAGGCUUGUACAUUGCAAUGGUGAUCAUGAUCCACUGUUUUCGUCAUCCCAACGUUCACAUGGCCCUUUGGACGACGAUCAACAAAAUUCUGUUGACUUGUCUACUGCGAUGAUACACGAUUCGCUUACUUCCUUAGUAAACGAUAGCCAAAAUGAGCACAUGCUUCUUACAUCGGAUACUUUGGAUAUUGACUUAUGAAUCAUCAACUUUUGCAAUACAUCAGCAGUCCAUACUACAUACAUAAAUAAGUAUUACGCAGUAGGCGAUG